ACAGAAUCCAAGAAAGGCUCCAACAUGUAAAUGUAUUCUGUCUGGUAUCGAGUCUGCAAUGUUGUCUGAGAUCAUCACCCUCACUUAAGGUGUGCCACUGAAUUGCUCUGAAAGCACAGUAAGGCAAUUUAAAAGAUGCAAGCAAAGGUAAAUGUUAAUCUUUUGCCAUAGUGACAUUUUUAUUGUUUGGGUAAGUCUCCCAGACAGUUUUCUUUCAGAAGAUAACUAUUUGCAUAUGUGAAAAGAAAGAUAACCAAGCAUGUGUAAUGUAGUAGGGGAAAACAUUUACAUUUUAGUCAUUUAGCAGGUGCUCUUAUCAUGAGCGACUUAGAUUAGAGUUAGUGCAUUCAUUUUAAGGUAGCAAGGUGAGAUGACCACAUGUCAGUCAUAGUAAGUUGGCAAAAAAUGUCCUCAAAUUAGCUAUCAUUAAGUAGAAAGUGUACCCAAUCGCGCUUUAGCCAAGAAAAAUAAGAAAAUCAGCUGCUUGACUGAGGUACAUGAAAAUCCCAAAAAGAAUUCUUGCCGCAGGACACUUCAACAGGUGACUGACUACAGGAAUAUAAAGAAAAUGAGCACUCUGUUUCUGCAUAGAUCUGAUAAUUAAUUGACGUGGUAUACAAAAAGGCUUACGCUGGUGUAUUCGCCUUUUCGGGGGGCAGGGGGAUUAAUCAAGAUACUUACAACUAUGGUGGCAAAGGGUUGUAAACUUUGCAGUAAAAUUCCGGCCUGGAAUUUGGGGAAUUUUGCAAAAAUUAAUCAAAAAAAGUUAGCUCAUAACAACAGUGAACCUUUUUUUUGUGGGAUACACAAGGGAAUUCUAGGUCUUGUGGCAUAUUUCGGUUAAACUAUCCCCAAUUCAAUGGAAUUGCAACCCUCUGCAUGCAUAGUGCAUUCUUCCAUCACAUGUACAGCUGAUUCUCAAGAUCUUGCACACUGAGAUGCUAUUGAGCCCACACUACUACACUGUCUGAGCCAAGGACUGCAUGCUUUCUGGUAAGUUUUGAUUACAAUACUGGGUGGGGUGAAUAUAUUUUAAAUGAUAUGCAUGAUUUUCUUUGCAUGUCAUAAAUAGUAGCCUACAGCAAAGUGUGUUUAAAUCAUUUCUAACUUGUUAACAAUUUCUGAUGGUUAGUUUUUGCUACCAUGUAGGUUUUUAGAUUGCUUGAGCCUGCUAAUUGAGGAGUGUUAAUUCACCUGUUUCCAUACAUGUUUCAUUUUAAAAAAAAUUGCAAAGGAGUUGUUUAAUCUAACUGCUUAACUAUUUAUCUGCAUAUGGAAUUGUAUUCAGGAUAUUUUCACUCAUUAUUUUCAUAAUCUUUACAGGAAAAUGCUGCGGCACCAUCUGAUGUGUGGAGACAUUUCACUACAGCUAAUGUAGAAGGAAAAGCUGUGUACAUUUGCAAAAACUGUGCCAACUCGUAUGUGAAGAAUGCAAGAAAGAUGCUGCAUCAUCUGGCCAAGUGCAUCAAAUUCCCUCGGUUCUCACAACAAGCGACCUCUGACAAAAGUCCCUCUACUCCUAUUCGAGAUGGUGGACUGGAGGAACUGGUGGAGGAACUGAGCAGCGGUAAAAUAAUGUACGCUUUCUGUCGUGUCGAGGACCCAAACUCUGGCCUGUGCAAAUACGUCCUGAUCAACUGGACUGGAGAAGGUGUGAAAGACGCCAGGAAAGGACUAUGUGCCAAUCAUGUCAGCUCCAUAGCUAAUUUUCUCAAGGGAGCCCAUGUCACAAUAAAUGCCCGUGCAGAGGAGGAUGUGGAACCUGAGGCUAUUAUGCAAAAGGUGGCCAAGGCCUCAGGGGCCAACUACAGCUUCCACAAAGAGUCCAACAAAUUCCGAGACGCUGGUCCCCAAGGACCUGUGGGCUCUGUGUAUCAGAAGACCAACGCCAUGUCUGAAAUCAAACGGACCAAUAAAGACAACUUCUGGGCGCAGGCAGAGAAAGAUGAGGAGAAGCGGCAGCAGGAGGAGCGCAGCAAGGCAGAUGAAGAGCGCCACAAGCUGGAGAAAGAUCGGAAGGAUCGAGAGGCCAAGGAGGCAACUCUCAGAGAGAAGAGAGACAAGGAGAGGGCCUCUAUGAUUGACCAGCAGAAGAAGUACCAGCAGCAGCAGGAAGCUGAGAGCAGAGACAAUGAAAAACAACAAUGGGAGGAGCAGGAGAAGGACUUCCAGGCAGCUCAGAAGAAAGGGAUGAAGCGUGGUGAAUCUGUAGAGAAAGCCAAUGAGGCGGCCUCCCUGAUCUCUCAGCGUUCUAUGAACCCCAGAGAGAUGUUCAAGCAGAGAGAGAAGGGCAUGGCCCCCAGCACUGCAGACACCGACACCCCUGCUGCUGCCCACACCCCUGCCAGCCCCCAGCCAGGGCGUUUGAACAGCCCUUUUCUCUCUAAGCAACCAUGCGAGCCCGAGCCGUCCCGCUUGCCCCUGCGCCAAGCCUCCCCUCUGCCCACAGGCUCCGCCUCUCCUGUCCCUGCUGCAGAACCCAGUGUGGAUGAGCCCGUUGUGGAUGAAUCCACUCCCAGUGUGGGUGAGCCAUCCCAAUCUGAGUGCUUGGAUGAGCAGGAUGCAACCCCUGAGGAUCAGUGGCAAGAUGAAGUAAAGGCAACAGCAGCUCCCACUGAGCACAACCAUGCCACAGAGCCAGCCCAAAACAACCUCUAUGAGGAGCCCCCAGAGGUGGAAGAGAACACGAAUGAGGUGGCUGCAAAGAAGACCGACCGAGGCGUCUGUGCCAGGGCUCUAUACGACUACCAAGCUGCUGAUGAGACAGAGAUUUCCUUCGAUCCUGAUGACAUCCUCAAUGGCAUCGAGAUGAUUGACGAGGGCUGGUGGCGGGGCUAUGGCCCAGACGGUCAUUUUGGAAUGUUCCCAGCCAAUUACGUGGAGCUGGUCUAAAUCCGUACCUUGCCCGCUCACUGGACCAGCAUAUAGGAGGCAGAAGAGAACCCCCCUCCAGAAGAAUUCGGCAGUAGGAAAACUGCUAGCUCCAGAACACAGCAUCAGAAGUAACUCAACAGUGAACUUUUCAGAGUCAAUUGCUGAACUGUAUCCUUCACAUUAUGGACCAAUGUAUGAACAGUGACCAGGGAGUGCUCAAAUCUAUCCCUGUUGAUGAGAGACAUUUCAUUUAUGUUGUGAGAACUUAGGUGGCAUUGUUUAGGUUUUGAUGAAAUCCCAAACUGAAUCUCUUUCCUCCUGUGAUGCAGUAAAUUGUCAGCCUUUUUUUUUAUGUUUCAAUUCAAGAUUCCAUUGAACAUUUAAUAGCACUUGUACAUCACAUAUCUUAAAGUGAAGCCAGUUUUGUUCCAGGUGUACUUUUUUUGUGUUAUUUGUAUCAUUCACUCAUGUCAUGUUCUGGAUAAUAACAUUUCAUAGCUCACAUAACGGUACCAAAUAUAUAUUUUUUGCCUUUUCCUCAGACUGACAUUUUAUGUGAGUUUGCUUAAAUAAUCCUGUGAAUUUCAAACCAUAGUUUGGUAUUGCAGUUGAAUAUUAGAACCAAAAUGUUCAAUAUUUGCUGUGCUCUCCUGUGGCUGAAUUCAAGAAAAGAUGGGGGUGAAAAUGACACCAUCAUCAUAUCCUUGUGCAAAAGUAUUAUUUUUUAAAAAUAUGUAACGAUUAUGCUACAGAGCUUGUCCCCAUACCCUCCCUCCCUCUGCCCUCUUUUGCCCCUAGAGAAUUUGAAUGAAUGACUGUUUUCAGGGACCAGUUACACGGAACAAGGCAUGAGUAAUCUUUCCUGUCGUGUUGUUGAAUCGUCUUGUCAUUAUCUGUGUCUUGGGUACAAUUUGUCUCUGCUUAACCUGUCUUUCACAGUCCAGCUUUCAUCCAAAUACAGGUCUGUGAAUGGCUUAAUUUAGCAGGCUUAAGAGGGCAAUGAUCAGAUGCUGUUAUCAUGUGAGAGUGCUAAAUGAGGGUAAAGGAGUGGGGUGAUGAUGCUGUCCUCUGGAAAGUGCUUUCUCUCAUUCUAAUCUGUGUGGAAACCUCAUUGUUAUGCAACUUCCCUGCUUUUUUUUAAACUUAUAAUGAAAUCAUUGCAAUAAAAAGUUUGUGGGACAUUGUCACUUUAAAUAAAGAUUUAAAAAAUUAUUAAAAAGGGUCACUGUAAUUUCAAGGUGCAUGAUGUAUCCGUUGUCCUUGUUUUUCAAGAGUAUGUUGUAAUGCAAAUACUUUCGUCAUAAUAAAGUAGUUCAAGUAAAAUGUG